AUGGAUAACGAGUUCUCAGGAAAACCUUUUAAACUCGGUGCUAGAAAAACCGUUACGCAGCUAUUAUGUUCCUCAAUAAUAGCACUUUCGUUAUUUUGGUUAACUUGCAAGGAAAGAAAGCCCGAGGACACUUAUGCUUUCACUAGUGGAACACCAAAAAGAUGCCCUGCGAUGCCUGCAUUGAGACCAAAAUCUUACACUCGGGAUAAUUCAACGAUCGAGAUGAUCGUGCGUGAUGAAGCGUUUAGAACUGAAGCUAUCGCGAAGCUUCUGGGUGCUGUCGGAGUCAAGACCGAAAGUUUUGAUUCUCAUUUGUGUCCCAGCCAAUAUCCAGAGUCUUACUCGUCGUUUCUAGAUUUCCACCAAUACCUCAAGGACGCGUAUCCAAUUGCACAUGAAAAGAUGCAGCUCGAGCACCCCAAGUAUGACUACAAUCUGCUUUACACUUGGAAUGGCUCAAAUCAGACUUUAAAGCCUCUUGUCCUUGCGGCUCACCAAGAUGUCGUUCCCGUUAAUCCUGACACCUUAUCAGAGUGGAAUCACGAUCCUUUUAAGGGCUUCAGCGACGGCACUUUUCUUUACGGACGUGGUGUGUCAGACUGUAAAUCGCUGCUAACAUCGUUGCUGAAAGCAGUGGAGUUACUAAGCCAGGACGGUUUUACACCCUCGCGCACGAUUAUUUUGGCGUUUGGGUUCGACGAAGAAGUGGGAGGUAGAUAUGGCGCCGGGGAACUUGGCAAAUUUUUGCUCGAUCGGUAUGGUUCUAACGGCAUUUAUGCGAUUGUGGAUGAAGGUGGUGCUGCUAUUGAGAAAAUAGGUGACACCUUCUUUGCUUUACCUGCAGUUGGUGAAAAGGGUUCCUUCAGUUCUCAAAUUGAACUUUAUACGCCGGGAGGACAUUCCUCGGUACCUCCAGACCACACCGGGAUAGGUAUAAUGUCGGAACUAGUAACUUUAAUUGAGUCUAGUCCGUUUCAGUCAAAAGUAUAUGAAGAAAAUCCCUUCUACAGUUAUUUGCAAUGCAUGGCCGAGUUUGCAACGCGUGACGAAUCUAUACCAUGCGGGGACAUAAAACAUAUGUUCAAGGACGUGGGCGCGGAAGAACGAGUCUUGAAAUGGGUGGAUUCGCAUCGCAAUUUGAAAUACUUGGCGAAGACAACACAGGCAGCGGACAUCAUAAAGGGCGGGAUUAAGGCAAACGCGUUGCCAGAGCUCACACAGGUCACCGUUAAUCACCGUGUCAACGUGGGCUCCUCAUGCAAUGUAACCGCCAUGAAAAUACUCCGUGACAUCCAAAAAGUAGCGUCAAGUUACGAUAUAGGACUAGUUUUCAACGGUCUAGGGAUCCACGAGCCUACUCAAAAUGGAUAUUUUAAUUACACCGCGAUGGGAUUUCUCGAACCUGCUCCUGUGUCUCCGGUCGUUGGCCCUGUAUGGAGUACAUUUAGUGGGACGAUAAGACAUGUUUUUGAAGACGUUGUGUUCGCUGGCAAACCGGACACGCAGGUGGUUGUGGCUCCUUCGAUCACUACCGGCAAUACCGACACCGCGCAUUACUGGGAUUUGAGUGAAAAUAUCUACCGGUACAAGUUCGCGACAUUCAACAGCGUUCUUGAUGGUCAUGCGCAUAGCGUCAACGAGAAAAUGCCUAUAGAUUCCUAUCUGUACCUAAUUGCUUUCAAUUACGAGUACAUUUUGAAUUCUAACGAAGAAUCUCGUUCAGGCUGA